CGUUCGACGCUCAUAUAUAUAAAAAAACUAACUAGCACAUACAUAAUAUUUUCACUACCGUUUCCCGCAUAUAUUAUUGCCAUAUAUUAAUAGCGGUACCGCACAAAACCGACUGCAAACUUGUUCACGCUACUUUUUUACUCACUGUAUCCUGCUUCUAACUGAGUGCGUGAAAAUUCGACAUAGACACACUUCAUCCACCUUCUGUGGACUUUGACGUUAAUCCGCACCUGUCCACUGUGAGCUGCCCAGUGAAUGGGGGUCCAACCGUAGCAGGAGUCCUCGGCUGUUAUUUGAGCGUGAUGGUGGUUCAGUGACUGCAAAGCUCCAACAUCUCCAUCACGGCAAGCGCGGUGGAUAGGGAACAUAUUCGUAAACGCCUCAUCGUCGGUAGAAAAGUCUUGUUCCAUAGACAUAAGUAAAAGUUUGACUACUCCCCCAGGUGUUUGAAGUCACGGUGAGCCGCCUAAACACGUUUCGCAUUAAUUCAAACACAAAGGAAGUCGCGAUAAGCUUUUUGACUCAGCCGGAAAGAAGCAAACUCCGGACUGGAGUUUUGUUGCAGUCCUGCUUUGUUGGUGGUAGUACUGAACUGAAGGGAAAACCCGGAAAAAAAGGUAACGCAUCGGGGUUUUGGUUGAUUUCUUAACUUAAGGUAGCUAUUUGCCAUACGAACCUGGAAUCCUGAUGUAUAGCGUGGAAUUGUGAAAUUAGAGCAUAACGAAAGAAUACCGUCAACCUAGCAUAGCAUGUAUUCAUCAUUUGGCGGGCCACCGUUGCCCAUGUGUGAUGAAGCUAAGGAUGGUUUUGUUCGAGUGAGAAAGAGAGAUCUAGAAAAACUAACCACAGAGGUCAUGCAGUUAAGGGAGUUCCUGCCCAGAGUUGUGAACAGAAAUUUGAUUGACAGGCUACACAAAACAAGAGUAACACAAACAGUGAAAGAGCAUCUUACACAAGAACACGAGCAAUCGCAGCAAGAGUGUCUUCAUCUAAAGUCCAGACUGGAUGCAUUACAAAUUGAAUGUCAGAGGGAGAGAGAGGAGAAAUUACAGUUGCGUGAGCAGCUUUGGCAGAGUGGAGCCGAACUGCAGCAGCACUCUGACUACUGCUUCAGUCUUGGUUCUGCUGUCUGCAGCAUUCUGUGGAACUGCUCUUCAAAGGAGGACAUGGUUAAACAGUGGCUGGCUGAUGGAACUCUGCACACCUUUCUGGUGAUCGCCACUCAGACUCUGGGGAGCUUUGUAAAGACUCUGGAUGAGGAUGUGAAGAGUCGAUCUGAGGACUACAACACCCAAGAAUACCAGUUUGUCUUGGCAUUAACUGGAACAAUUACUAACAUCGCGGCUGUAACCAAUGGGCGGGACUUGCUCUCGAGCUCCUCACAUGAUCUGUUGGACACACUGAUCAAGCUGUUAGAGCUGAUGAAACCUGGUGUAUUCCCCAAACUGAAAGUGUUGAUGCUAAUGGGGCUGUAUAACACCAGUAUCAGUGUGAAAGGGCUGAAGUAUAUGAUGGAGCACCCAGCAGUGCUGCCUCUAAUUCGGACUCUACUUGAAGACAGAUCCUGGGAAGUGUGUCUCCACUCCCUGCGCCUCCUGCAGUCAAUGCUGCUGGAAGAUGUUGCACAGCCUCGGCUCGGUGCCGCUCUGCUGGAUUUGGACCUUCAGGCUCGUAUUAGCAUUUUUACCUCCAGUGUCCAGCCCAGCUUGAAGCAGUUAGCUCAGCAGAUCAUGACAGACCUCCAAUUGCUCAUGCAGGUUCAGGGAUGUAAACAGAACAAACAGUGACACAUCUGUCAGUGUAUUUUGUCAUGUUUCCUCUGUUUUGUUUUCCCAUUUUGUUCUUGUUUGGGAAGAGUUGAGUUACAGAGGCAUCUAAAAUGUUACCCACACAUAUGAAUACACUGUAUAAGCAUUUUGUUUCAAGUAAUGCAACUGUGAGUCGUUCAUUGUAUUGUGUCAUUUUGUAAACAUCUAAAUAUAUAACGACAAACUGUACAAAGAAAAUUAAAGAGCAAGUUCGCAGACUGA